UCAAGAUUUGCUGAAGGGCUUGAUCAGGCAGUGUUAAGACUUUUCUCAACAUCUUUCUUGCUAUUAAUACAACACAUGUACAGCUAGAAGUUGAGUCGGUUAAAGCGUGCGUCACUUGACGGUACUCGUGAAGAAAUUAACACUAAUUGUGAAACAAGCGUUCUCUCUCGUCUCACCGCAACGCACAUGUAUUAAUCAGAAGACAAACCUCGCCGAGGUGUCGAAUUCUGGAUUUGCAUGCUGAUCUCGGUGCUUGCUGUAUGUAUGAUGAGCAUUCCAUCGCAGUAAAGAGAAGAGGGCUCACCAUUUCGCCAUUUGUCUCCUUCAUUAAUGGGCACAUGAAAAUUCAUGUCCAUUGGCAAGACAGUAAUUUACACCGGUGGGAGAGAGCCUCAUUUAUUUGAUAGCUUGUGUUGAAUAACUUGUGUGGACUAAAGUUUUCAGUGUUGUCGCAGCUUCUAAACAUAGUGCAUCUGCCUUUUGUUGUUGUUUUUUACGGAUGAGACUUGGACUACGAAACGAUUAACAAUCAUUAUUCAAUUAAGUGAUUAAUAAACUUUAAUGGGAAGAUAAAGCUGUUCUUUAGCACUUUGAACAAUUGCCAGUCAUUUUGGAAGAGAUACAGCAAAGUUAUAACUGAUUUGUGUUUUUCACCAACUGAAACUUGCUCGGACUUUUUUGUGUACUAGCUGAACUUUUGAAAAUUGUUAUAUGGUAAUUUCGUCGAAGUGGAUAAAAGAAUGGACAUGAUAUAUUUUGGGGAGGGUGGAAGUUAUCCCUUUAGAACGGGGUAUAACUACCCCCAAGUGAACCCUCAUUGUAAAUACGAAUUCCCAUCAGCCUGCUCUUAUGCGAACUUUAAUCAGGGGGCCGAGGGCAAUGGGUACUUCUCCCCCACCAUGGGACCUUACGGGCCUUUCAGCCAAGCAGCAGCGGCGACGUGUGCCAGUUAUUUUCAGAGAAAAGGUGGUAGAAUAAAAGGUCAUGGAGGAGUGAAUCAACUAGGAGGAGUGUUUGUAAAUGGUCGACCUCUACCAGAAGUAGUCAGAAAUCGUAUUGUAGAUUUAGCUCAUCAAGGCGUAAGACCAUGUGAUAUUUCUCGUCAAUUACGUGUUUCUCAUGGCUGUGUUAGUAAAAUAUUAGGCAGAUAUUAUGAAACUGGUUCUAUUCGACCGGGAGUUAUUGGCGGGUCCAAACCAAAGGUUGCCACUCCGAAAGUUGUGGAUGCCAUCACACAAUAUAAAAUUGACAAUCCUACAAUGUUUGCCUGGGAAAUUCGUGAUAGAUUAUUAGCAGAAAAUGUUUGUUCCCAAGAUAAUGUACCCAGUGUGAGUUCAAUAAACAGAAUUGUCCGAAAUCAGGCUUCAGAUCGAGCCAAGUUGGAACCAAGUCACGAAAACGAACAUCAACAGAGUCCAACAUCAAUGACUGGCGAUCUAGUUUCUCACUCCUCUUCCUCCCCUAAUGGCGACGGUUCACAACGACCCAGUGGUGGUUACACAAUAAGUGGAAUUCUCAACACACCAACAACAGCGAAACGAAAAGGGGAUAGCGAUUCAGUAACGAAUGGAAAUAAUGAUGGAGAAAGACUUGACUUAUGGUAUGAAAGACAAGCUAAAAUUCCCCGAACCGAAGAUUCAAGCAUAGAACAAGCACAAAUAUUACCCAAUGGUCAAGUUGCUGUUUACGCUACCGGUUACCCUCAAUUCACUGCUAAUCCCUCUACAGAAGUAAAACAAGAAUUCCAUAUAACAACCGGCAAUAGUACAGAUUCCCAUAAUUCAGCAGGUGCAUACAGCCCCGCUAUAGGUUCUUCAAUCUCACCAAUUAACACUGCUGCUACCCCAGGCAUUAAUGAACGAAAACCAGUGAUUGUAACAGUUAUAUCAGAACAUUCGGAAACGCCACCUCUCAAAUACGAAGAAGCCACCAACAACAAUGAACCCUCUCCCACCUCCAAGAGUAGCACCCCAAAUAUAUCCGGAAGUACGACUUUUACCGAGUUGAAACCAGUUCCGUCGGUCACGCCAAUCAAUCAAUAUACACCACUUCCGUCUAUUGGACAGUUUUCAAGUAAGCACCUGGCACCAGCCAUUAGUUACAGUACAAACCCUACACCAUAUUCUAGCCAAUCAGCAGUGAAUAGCACAGUUCCCCUUAUGUUAAAUCAAGUUGGCAGUAUAUAUAAUACCGGAAAUGUACCAGCAGGAGAUUAUACAACGUAUAACUCAGUCCCUUACACACAAUAUGGUUCAGCACCCUACACAAUAGAUCCAUCUUACAUGAGAUAUGGAGCGCCAAGUGGCCUUUUAAACACACCCUACUACUACCCACAUAGUGCCCGAACAGAUACUACCACGGCCAUAGGCAAGAGUUAGAAAGUCAACUACUGUCACCACCAUCUUUAUUACGUCAUAAGACCACUUCUCAUCACCACAGAUAGUCUCCGGUUAAAACGAUUGGAUAAAAAUCGUAUGCAUCUGGUGGAACUUUCUUUUUCUUGGAGACAUGCCAGAUGACAUGGAAUAAAAUGACGUAAUUCAUUGAUCAUACAACACUAUACAUUCAAGUUCAUGGGCGUAGCUUCGUGGUAGAAUUGAAUGGGGUAUUGCAGUUGACUGAAAACAAAAUGGCUGACAUUAGAAGCACGUGUUGAUCAUGUGAUGCAGAUUUCCCACUGCUCCUACGUGGGUGCGCCCAUAACAUGAUUUCAGUAUAACAAUGAAGAACUUUAUGUGAUAUGCAUUACUCUAUUUAUAUACAUGUAGGUAGUAUUUACCAUUUAUAUACAAAAUGGUUGAAGACAAAGUCCCAUAUAUCUAGUAUAUAUACGCAAUUUAUAUCAUAAAUAGAAUUAUAUAUAAUUAUAUAAGUACAAACAGAGAGGGAUAUAUAUAUAGAUGAACCACACGAGAGGAGUUACAUAUAUAUCUCUAUAUAUAUAAAUACAGAGAGAUUAUUAUGUGUAUUAUUUAUUUAAUAUUGAACAAAAAAAUAUUAAUUAACAUGGCAUUUUGUUGAUUUGUUUGUGCCAUAUAAAGAAAAAAAAAUAAACCGCUUUGACAUCUCCUGAGAACAUCCAUGUAAACAGCAUUUAGUAACACUUCAUACCGCGUGGUGUUCAUAUAUACUAAUCAAAAUAUUAUUUUGUGUGCAAUAUGUAGGUAAAACAUUGUCAUUGUGUAAAAAAAAUCAAUAAUUUACUUCAUAUAAUAACCAUUUUUAAUCUUAGCCAACGCUUGCAUCAUUUAAGCACAUGACAAAGCUACGCACGUCUUUUUCCUUGUAUUAAACUAGUAUAGCAACUGUUUUAAAAUGAGAGAAACAAUUUUAUUUUCUAUAGUUUGGCGAUUAUUAAUAUUUAAGUCCUAGCCUAUAUCUACAUACGGUUUUAAGUUUUCAAAUGCUACCUUAAGUUGUAAACAAUAAAGCAGUGAAAUGCGUUUAGCUGCUUUUGUAAUUGGCUAAAAAUAGAAGUAAGCUCAUUGUUGUCUAGCUAUAUAUGGAAUUGAAGUUAGCUAUAUGGCCAGUAAAUCGGAUAUGACGUGAUUAGCUAGCUUCCGUGCCCUAAAUUAGACCAAGGGUUUAACGGAAAAGCUAGGAACCAGAUAUGAGAUGAGACUGCUGGAGCUAAUAAUUGGGUAUGAAGUGGUUAUCUAGCUUUCAUACCCUAAAUCAGACCAAGGGUUUAAACGGAAAAGCUAGGAAUCAGAUAUGAGAAUGUAGAAGCUAAUAAUUAGAUAUGAAGUAAGAUAUAUUUAGCUACCAUUGAGCUUAACUAUAGCCAACAUUGGGAUUCUGAAGAAUUGCUCAAAGUAAUUAUUUAGUAUAUACUUACUAUAUAAGAAAUGGUGUAGAUUAGUGUACAAUACGAAAGUAGAAAACAUGUACCAAACCGAACAUCUCGGUCACUUUGCCGGUCCUCGGGUAUUUAAACAUUUUGGACAUUUGCUCAGUUUUUUUUUGCAUAGUUUAUUAUUACAAUUAUUAUUAUUUUAACCAGACAGAAUAUAUACAUCUACAUAUAUGUAUGUCUGUAAUUGUAUUAUAAUCACUGUAGAUAUUUUUAAUAAGAUAAUGCUUCAUUUGUUUAAUUGUUAUGUGUGUAAAAAAUAAACAGUCUUUUUGAGAUUAUAUAUAGACCUAAACUCUACUUCGUUGGAGGGAACGAAUACUCCUUCGAUAAGACUACGGGCGCCCUCUAUUGUGUAAGUUCCCCCAUGAAGGGACAUAACUCUAAGGGCCUCGAGUUUUAUCGACUUGUUACAUAAUAAUUUUCUUGCCAAUAUUCAUUGUUUGCAUUUGUAUAUAUGUGUGAAAAUGGCUCAUAAAUUGAAACGUCAGUAAUAUAAUGCGUUUCUGUUAGAAAUUUCAGAAACCAAUCGACACAUUAAGUUAGUUAGAAAUCCGAACACUUUUAGCUCUUAGUUAUAUACCACACAUUUAUAAGUGCUAUAAACUGACAUCGUCUAAUAUGUAUAUAAUGAACAUAUUAUCUAGAUUUUUCUAUGUUUUUUUCCAAUUGUGUCUCGAAAUAAACGGAAAACAGAAAAAGGAGAGAGUGCCAGUUAUUAUUAAUAUCAAUAAAUAAUAUUAAUAACAAUAAAAACUCACUUGUACAAAAUUCAUUAAUUAACACCCUUGUUUGAAGUAUUUUAAUCUUAUUGUUUUCUGUCCUUUAUUUGACAUAUUAUGUAUUAUAUUAAGACAAUUUGUUACUAUAUAUAUAUAUAUAAACUGCUGAAAUAUUUGUGUUCCCUUUUGUUCUCCAUAACAUUGUCUUAGUUUUAACGUUAACUUCUCUCUUUUUUUUUUACAUAUUUUAACCCGCACAAAACAUGUAAAUGAUAUCAAUACAAAGUUUUAAAAACUUAUUACACUCAUUGCAAGUAUCAUUUGAAAUAAUACCAAUUUUAUUUUUAGGAUUAUUAGUAAUUUCUUCUUUAUCAAUAAACGAACAUAAGGCGGUCAUUUUGUGAUGAUCUGUAAGAUGUCUCAUAUUCCUGUCAGUAUAUUUUAAGAGUUAAAUGUUAUAUGUGUUAAUUCAGUAUUUGUUCAAAUGUUUUUAAGAAACCAUUGCUUAUUAUUAUAUCUACAGAUACCUUCUUCACUAUAAUAUGUAUAGUGUGAAUUUCAUAUGGAAUAAAUCUCAUAUUAUUCUUUUAUUAAAAUA